AUGCACAGCGGUGCGCGGCGGCAGCUGCUGUGCGCGCGGCACUGUAAGUGCGUGCGCGCGGGGCCGUACGUGCGUGCGAGGCUGCUGCCGUGCGUGCGCUUGCUGGUGAACACGCGCACGGAGCUCUGCCGCGUGUGCGUGCUGUUGUGCGCGUGCGCGCGGGUCCUACACCCCCCAUUGCCGCGCGCUGCCUUGCGCAUUGCCCCGCACUGCCAUGUGCUCCCCCGCACGCUGCCUCGCACUGCUGCGCACUGCCCCACACUGCCACGCGCUGCGCCCUUCCCCACGCUGCACUGUGCUACUGCGCAUUGCCCAGCGCCCUUCCUUAGGCUGCCGCUGCCCUCCACUGCCGCGGGCACUGCCCCACGCGCUUCCCUGCCCGCUACAACUGCAGCUCUGGUGCGCGCACUCAGGAAUUGCCGUGCACCCUGCCCACUCGUACAUAGCGGCCGCCACUCACGCACACCCCGCAGCACGCACACGCGUACAACAGCAGCCACCUCCCUACCCGUGCCGGCUACUGUACAGCCUUCUCUCACUGGCGGCCUUCCCUCACGGCUGGAAGCCGCAACACCGUUCGUUGGCUCUGAUUAA